AUGGGAGGCAACAUCGUCGAUAUCAACUCCAUGCAGGAGUGGAAGGAGAAGGUCAUCGAGUCCGGCGACCUCGUCGUCGUCGACUUCCAUGCCGAAUGGUGUGGCCCUUGCAAGGCCAUUGCGCCCGCCAUUGAGAACCUGAGCACCCAGCACACCAACGUCAAGUUCUACAAGGUCAACGUCGACGACGUCGCUGACGUCGCGGCCGAGAACGGCAUCUCCGCUAUGCCUACCUUCCUCUUCAUGAAGGGUGCUGAUAAGAUUGACACUGUUCGCGGCGCUAACCCGCCUGCUAUCCAGGCUGGUCUGCAGAAGCUGCUUACCGCGUAA